GUUUACAGGGAGUAAUACAGAGUAAAGUUCAAUCCUCUGUGUCCCCGGUGCCCUGGAUCAAACUCUCACACAUGGGAGGAACACCAUGGAGAAGAUUACUUACAAUAGGUUACGUGUAGCUGUGAUCGGAGCCGGGGCAGCUGGUCUCUGUGCGGCCAGACAUCUCCUUUCAAGCCCUCACACGUUCCAACCUCCAGUGGUGUUUGAGACAUCUGGUCAGGUAGGUGGAACCUGGGUGUACACAGAGGUGUCAGAGAUGGAAGCCCACCAACACUCCAGCAUGUACAGAAACUUAAGGACCAACCUUCCCAAAGAGAUCAUGGAGUUCCCUGAUUUCAGCUUUGACCCAUCGCUUCCGUCUUUCAUCCAUCACAGUGAAGUUUUACGUUACCUGGAAGAAUACACAGACAACUUCAACAUACGGCCACACAUUAGGUUUAAUUGCAGCGUGACCGAAGUCUCUCCUGUAUUGAAGGAUGGGGAGCGUGGUCAGGUGCCAUGGGACGUGUCAUCUCACACUCAGGGAAGCCCUCACCCUGUGACCGAGAGGUUUGAUGCAGUUAUGGUGUGUGCAGGGCACUACUCUCAGCCUUAUAUUCCAGACAUCCCAGGGAUUGAUACCUUCCAAGGUAAACUGCUGCACAGUCAUUUUUACCGCUAUCCAGAAAUGUUCGCCUCUCGUUCAGUGGUCCUGUUGGGUUGUGGCCCUUCUGGAGUGGAUAUUGCCCUUGAGUUGGCUCCUUAUGCACAAAAUGUCACCCUAUGCCAUCGUGGCGCAGCCCUGCAGUGGACUCCUCCAAAAGGUGUAACUCUGGCACCACCAGUGGUCGGUGCCCUUCCACAUAAUCUAAUCUGUGAGGAUGGAACUCAACUGGAAGCUGAUACUCUGAUUUUCUGUACUGGAUAUAAGUAUUAUUAUCCAUUUCUUGAACCACAGAACAAACCAAGGAAGCUGAGAGAAGCAGAAGAAAAUGGAGAGACUGCAGUUAAAAAGGGUCCUGUGACGAAUGCUGUAGUAGAAAGAAUUGGAUUGCUGGUGGAAACUCGAAAAGUACUGACAGGAAGUGCUGAACUGCUGAAAUCGAAAGAUGAGAUGGAGUUUUGUGAUAAAAAUACCAAUUGGUUGAUGAUGAACGAUGAAGUGGUGGUUCCGGAUGAAGGUCAAGGCCACCUUCCUCCACUCUACAAACACCUUAUCCAUGCCCUCUACCCCACCAUGUGCUUCAUAGGUGCAUGUAAGAUAGUAAUACCGUUUCCUCUCUUUAACUGCCAGGUUCUCUUUUUCUUGGCAGUGCUGGAAGGGAAAUGUCCUCUACCUUCUCCAAACCAAAUGCUUUUGAAAUCUCAUGAGGAAUUAAAGAAUCACCUGAGUUUGGGAUUGCCCCUUAAAUAUCUCCAUCGUCUUGAAAUAGGUCAGUGGGAGUAUAAUAACUGGCUUGCAGAGACAGCUGGAUUUGAGCCAUUGCCCCCGGUAAAGAAGAAGAUGUAUGAGACUUGUAAGCGAUUUAGGAGCAUAAACCCUAUGUUAUAUCGUGGUUUCAAAUUUGAAGUUUUGAGCAAAGAGGAAUGUAGAGUAACCUCUGCCGAAUGUAAGGGCAUGCAAGUAUGAUGGAGGAGCUACUUUCAUCUCUUGAUGAUGCAUCUGAGAACUACAAUUUUAUUCGUCUUAUUUAUGCUACGAAUGUAACAUUCAAAAGGUUAUCAUUUCAAUAUUGCUUGUACUAAUUAACUUUAAGAAUGUUACGCGAAGUUAUCCUCAGAACCCACCAGCAGGCCAGAAAAUUAGCUGUUCCACCAUUACACAGCCGUCUCCAUGAAAGUGACUGAGCCAAAGACUAAAGGGACCCUUCAAUGGUUGGAUUUAUCAACACUUUAGAUUAUGUUCUUUUAAUAUUUUGAAUUGAUCAUAGAUUGCUGAAUAUGUGGGGUUUUCCCAGAGACAUGAUCCAUCUCUUGUGCUUAUGUUUGUACAGGAACUAGCUAAGCAUCCUAGCCAGUCACUUGUCUCCUAUUCAUUUGAGAGAGGAUUAGUGUGAGCAGGAUGAAGUGUCUUCUCACUAAGCUCUUAUUGAAAGCAUUUAUAUCACGUGGACGGAGAAUUCAUUUAUUAAAAUGAAUGAUAACCUUGGUUUGCAUUCAUCAUUUUUAAUCAAUAUAAUAAUGGAUGUGCUGCACCUUCCACAGAUUCUUAGUGGGAACUAUUAAAGGGACGCUACACACACACACACAAACUACAUCAGCAAGCUAAAACGAUAUAUGUCUAAAGAGUGUCUCCUUUCUUUUUUAACCAGAAAAUGCAGGUUUCAAUAGAAAUUGUCACUUUUACAAAUUAAACUUGUUACACCCACUGA